CAAUAAUUUAAAGUCAUUAUUUCAGGUAGAAGUGGUGACGAAAAAACCCCCAAAUUACAUAAAGUCAAUUAGGGCACAGAUCGUCUCCUCCAAUUUUGGCGCAAUUGCUGUGUAUUCUUAUUUCUCGACAACAGGUAAAGCAUGACAGUGGACGAUAACAGCUCCAUAUACGUCGGUGGCCUCCCCUACGACAUUACUGAGGACGGCCUCCGCCGCAUAUUCUACGUGUACGGCGCCGUCAUCGCCGUCAAGAUUAUAAAUGACCGAACUGUUGGGGGAAAAUGCUACGGGUUUGUUACUUUCGCUAAUCCAAGGUCAUCGGUGCAAGCCAUCAGGGAGAUGGAUGGAAAGACCAUUCAUGGGCGAGUUGUCAAGGUCAAUGAUGUUAGAAGUAGGAAUGGGAAACCGCACUUUAAUCGUGACUCUAGGCGUGACUCGGAUAGAAGUAUAGAUGGUGAUAGAGGUAGAGAUCACGGAAGAGAGGAUAGUUAUGAUCGACACCGUCAUCAUGAUGGACAUAGGGAUAGGUCUCUAGACCAUGAAGAAAACAGGGAGAGAGGCCAUGAUCGGACACAUGGUCAUGAUCGCAUGAGGGAUCAUUAUGUGGAUGAAGAGAGAUUUCGAGACUAUAGCAGACAUGUAGAUGAUGUUGAGCAGGAUCAUGGGAGAAAGCGUGAGCGCGACUGGGAUAGAGAUGGUGAAAAGAAUACUGAGCAACAGAGAAACGCCAUUCAUCAUAGAAGUGGGGACAAGGAUAAUGAGCAACAACAUCAUUAUCCGAAGAGAUCCAGAUUUGAUGAUCAUGGGAGUAGGGAGAUUUCAUUGGAUUCUUUCAAUGAUGAAAUGGAUCAGGGAGAAAACCAAUUAGCAGUUUUAAGUCUGAAGCUUCAAGAAAUUCGUAAAGAGAGAUCUGAGAUGGAAGAAUUAGUUGCAGAAAAACAAGAAGUUGUUUCUCAGUUGCAAGAGAAUUACCAGAAAUUGGAGGAUUCUGUAAUUGCUGCAAAGAAGCUAACUUCACGUCGUCACAUACAAUUAAACAAGGUGCAUAAGUGUUAUCUGCACAUGAGAGACUGUGAUGAGAGAUUCAAACAAGCGGAACAAGAACUCCAGUGGCUUGUGGAAUCAACUGCGACUGAGUUGGGAAGCGACGGGGGAGGUGUUGGUGAUGGCAUAGUCACAAAUGGGAGGGCUUGAUAUAUUUUUUAGGCAUCAAAUAUCAAUGUCAUGUGUAACUUUCUUUGAAGUCAGAUCUAACCAACAACGAAGUGCAAGAUAUCCGUUCCAUCAUGUGUGUCUACAUUAUCACUAUCCAUAAUAUAUUGCUUGGCCUAGAUCAAAUAAACAAUCAAGUCAAAGCCGAACAAAUGAUGCAGGGCAGUUCUCCAGUUCUUGAGUUGUAGAACCCGGAGUUUCUCUUAUCAAAGAAUCACCCCGUCUAAGGCGCUUAGCUCAUAACUCGAGAAACAGGAGCUCGAAUAACAGUUUGGAGAAUCAUAGUAUUAUUUGAACUGUUAGACAAUAGAACUUAGUUCAGAUGUAAAUGUUUCUUCAGAUUAUAUAUAUAUAUAUAUAUAUUGAUUGUUUU